CAUGUAAGUUCCUGCUGAGAAGAUGUGUUCCUGAAAUAUGAGGAUAGAAAAGUUUUCAUAUCUGGUAAUAAAUGUUUAUCUGAAUCCUGGAGUUCUGUGUUUCGGUGGUUUUGUUCCAGUCAUCAGUAGAUGAUGUUCUCCACGCCUGAAGGGUAAGCUGACUUCCUGCUCCGUGUCUCCAGAUUACAUCAGAAGUCCUGAGAAGUUGAGAUGAAAUGAUUAAAAGUUAAUUUUUAAUAAUUCACCAUACUUGAUGUAAUUAAUGUUCAUUAAAUCAUAUUGUAGAUAAUAAUCACUUCACCAGCUGAUUAUCUCCACCAUGAGGGUCCAGAUCUGAAAUCCAGUGAGUCUUAAGCUAAUCAGUGGCGUUCCUCAGAGCAGUGCUGUUGGUCCUCUUUGUUUUGCUCCAGAUGGUUCUCUGACUCCAGGGCUGCAGUCGACCAUCUCACCUCAUAGACCUUCUGGGUGAGCUCACUGGGAGUUCAGGGAAGUCAUUGAUUGUUGCUCUCCGUUUUGUUUCAGAGCUGCGGAUGAAGAAACUGUUUGAUGACAGAGAAGGUUUACGGGAUCAGGUUAGACUUCUCCAGUCUCAGCUGGAUCAGAGGAACGGAGUGGAUGGGGUCCAGARCCCAGGGCAGAACCCCCAGGAGAAYGGCAUAGACCCUCAUCUGCUGGACCUGCAGAGAGAYGCCAACAAGCAGAUCAGCGAACUCAAGUUCAAGCUCGUGAAAUCUGAGCAGGAAGUCACGACUCUGGAGCAAAAUGUGCUGCGCCUUGAGGGUCAGGUGUGUCGCUACAAGUCAGCAUCUGAGAACGCAGAGAAAAUUGAAGAUGAGCUGAAGGUGGAGAAGAGAAGACUGCAGAGAGAGCUCCGCUCGGCUUUGGACCGCAUCGAGGAGCUGGAGGUCAGCAACAGCCACCUGUCCAAGCGUCUGGAGAAGAUGAAGGCCAACAGGAACGCCCUGCUGGCCCAGCAGUGAAGCUYCGUCCUGGGCCGGGUCUUCAGACUACCGGGCCAGGUCCAGAACAUUUCAGAGACACUUCUGAACAGAAGACAAUCAGGACCAGGUGGUGAAGGAGCUGAAGCUGACACAGGAUGCUUAGGGUUGUCCAAAAUGUUUCUUUUUCUGAAUCCUUCUGAUCACAAUCAUCUCCAGCCGUCAGCACAUCAGUCCAGAGAGAGCAGGUUCUGAUCUGGUCAGGUUCYAGUAGACAAAUAAUCUGAAACAGCUCCCAGGCUCCGCCCCCUCCCUGCUUUGAUCCAGCCCCGCCUCCAGGGCUCUGCCMCGCAGCAGCUGGUAACCAUGGUAACUGUAGACCAUGGCACCUUUUGAUUGGUUKUUGGAGGAACCAAAGUUACUCUGAAAUUGAUCCCAGUUCAGUGGUCCUGUUUCUCCUCACUGACUGGUUCAAWMCRG